AUGUCGAUGCUUGGUGCCCACAAAGCUCAGAUCACUAAGGCCGCCAAAACGCUCCGUAAGAAGAUCGCGGACUUCGAUGAGGCCAUCUUGGAACCAGUGGAUAUUACCACGAAGGCAGAGGUCACACUCGUACCCUGGGACCAGUAUAACUAUCCGAUUGAACUCGAGCUAUGGACGCGCGAGACUAUCACGACGGUCCCACGGACUAACACCCAAAACGACAGCGACAUCGUCGAUUACGAGGAUAGAGUCGAGGUCGAUGUACUGAUUGGAAUAGAUAACUAUUGGCGGGUUGUUGACUUACACAAGAACGAGAAGUUACCAUCUGGUUUGACUUUGUCGCACACGAGAUUUAGACCAGUUCUAUCUGGAUUGAAGUACCCAGUUGUCUACAAUAACCUUUUAGCCUCCAAGACCCUCUUUACGGAUAACGAGCCGAUAAGCGACCAUCUUGUGCGAAGUCUUCUUGGCCUCGACACAGUUGCGAUAGAAGAACAUGAGAAUGCAGAAGACGCUUAA